GGCUGCGGCAGCGGCUGGCGCUGCUUGGGGUGCCGCAGCCCUCGCCGGAGCCCUGCACUGUCAUGCCCCCGCCGCGCGGCGGGCCAGUGCGUCCCCGAGUCGCUCUAUAAGCGCAGGCCAGGGGACACCACCCGGAGGGGCUGAAGAUGAGGGUGCCCGCGCAUGGGCCCCCGCUGACUGCCAACCCCUCCCGAGCCCGCGCCCCGCGCGGAGCCCGCGGCCGCCGAGGACCCGCCUUCGCCGUAGUAGCAGCUGGAGCUGCGACAGAGGCAGCAGCUGCGGCGCCGGCGCCGGUUGCGCUAGCGCGUAGAGCGGCGGCCGCAGCUCCGGGGCCGCCGCUGCCCCGGCUGCCAUGAGUUGUGCGGAGGUGAUGUAUCACCCCCAGCCGUAUGGAGCGCCCCAGUAUCUGCCCAACCCUGUGGCAGCUGCAACCUGCCCCACAGCUUAUUACCACCCGGCGCCCCAACCUGGCCAGCAGAAGAAGUUAGCGGUAUACAGCAAGAUGCAGGACUCUCUGGAAGUCACCCUUCCCAGCAAACAAGAGGAGGAGGAGGAGGAGGAUGAGGAGGAGGAGGAGGAGGAGAAAGACCAGCCUGCCGAGAUGGAGUACCUUAACUCUCGCUGUGUCCUUUUCACUUAUUUCCAGGGAGACAUUGGGUCAGUAGUGGAUGAACACUUCUCAAGAGCUUUGGGCCAAGCCAGCACCCUCCAUCCAGAAUCUGCCAUUUCAAAAAGCAAGAUGGGGCUAACCCCCUUAUGGCGAGACAGCUCAGCUCUCUCAAGCCAGCGGAGUAGUUUCCCGACUUCCUUUUGGACCGGCUCUUACCAGCCUCCACCUGCCCCCUGUUUGGGGGGUGUUCAUCCUGAUUUCCAGGUCACUGCACCCCCUGGCACAUUUACUGCAGGCGACCCGGGCCCCUGGCCAGGACAUGGCCUGCAUCAGACUGGCCCUGCCCCUCCCCCUCCUGCAUCUGAGUCUUGGCACUACCCUCUGGCAUCUCAGGUGAGCCCGUCCUACAGCCACGUGCAUGACAUGUACCUGCGACAUCACCAUCCCCACAUGCACCACCGCCACCACCACCACCACCACCAUCACCACCACCCUUCUGCUGGCUCUGCCCUGGAUCCAGCCUAUGGGCCCCUGCUGAUGCCAUCUGUGCGUGCGGCCAGGAUUCCUGCUCCCCAGUGUGACAUCACUAAGACAGAUCCAACUACAGUCACCACUGCUACCUCAGCGUGGGCCGGAGCCUUUCACGGAACCGUGGACUUAGUGCCAAGUGUGGGGUUUGAUACAGAUACUUUGUAUCUGAUAAUAUCAUAGAAGUAGAAUCACUUUAAAUGGUUUUCUGAGUUUUUUAAUAAGGUCUACAGCAUCAAGACAAGAGCAAAGAAUCCCCAUGGUACUGAAACACACAGUAUUAGCAAGUCAGGUUAGAGUGUGAAUCCAUGGACCCACUGGAAGAAGAUGCUGCCAGGGUUUGUCAUUCUGCGAUGGGACACAGUAGAUGUGGAAGGAGAAGAGGAAAUGUUAUCCAGCUGACUUUGGUUUGGAAACUUUGCUUGAGAAAGCAUAGUGGGUCCUAGACAUUGAAGAAAAGCAUUUUUGUUUAUUUUUUUCCCUCAUCUGAGCCUUUGCCAACUGUGCAACUCUCUUUUAUUUUUUGUCUUGCUUUUAUCAAUAUACAGUUUAAUUUUUGUUUCAGUUUGACUUUUUUUCUUUUUUCUUUUUAAGCCAACCACCUUAUCAGGAAGAGAUGAAAUACGAAGAAAAUGCUCAUUCUUUCAGGAAUACAAUUUUGUAGCUCUAUGUGCAUCUAUUUUUGUAGAAAUACAGAAAGUUUGGUUUAGCAUGGAUGGGCUAUUUUUGAGGGAAGUGGUUUUUUUUUUUAAUAAUAUAAAAUUGUUGAGUUCUGUUUAAAGAACUUGCUCUCAGAGAAGCACUGGCAAAAAAAAACAAAUGUUUAAAAUGCUUAUCUUUAAGAUGUCUGUGAUAUGCUCUGUGCUUUCUAGGUUACCUCAAAUGUUUGAUAGUUUCUCCUUUUUUACAAAAGUAGCACCAUAGCCAAGCCAAUAUAGUAUUGUUUUACAUUAAAUCUCAGUGAAGAUUUAAUUCUGUGUUAGCUCACUUAGCUCUGAGUUAUAUGUAUAGCUUGAAAAGGAAGUUUUUUCAUGACCACACUAAAGAAAGGUUAUUUCAUCACUUCAGUUUCUCCCAAAGAGUGCUUGGAGGUUGACAUUAAGAAGAAAGUUUGCAUAAACUUUCAAUCAGAUGGAGAGUUUUCCUAGAGUAUAUAAUUCUCUUUCUAGUCAAUCUGACUUUGAUAAAUGGAACCAGAGUUUAUAUCCAUCUACUGGAAAAAAAAAUGCAUUUAACCAUGCUAACUUUGAGUGCCAGUGACUUAUUUUUGUUGUUUAUAAUUAUUCAUCCAUCACAAUUUUUUUAUAUUUUAAGUGAUUCUUUUUUUCCUGAAGAUAAUCUGAAGGGAUAAUAUUUGUGAAGGUACUACACUCAUCACAAAGCCUCAAAUUCAAUGGCUGUUUCUGAGGAUAUUACCCAUCAUUGUGAAUUGAAAAAUAAUGUAUUGUAUAUGUAAUAUUUUAAAGAGAGGUUUUUGCAAAUCUUCUUUGUCUGUUUAAAUUUGGUUUCAGUUGAUUUAAUUCUUUUUAAGAAAAAAAUUGGGGGCAAUAAAUUUAAACAUGGAUUUAUACUACAAUUACUGAAAUUCAGUUAAUAAAUUUACAGUUUAUUAUUUGAAAUUUACUAUUGAUAACUCAAGAUUCACCUUGACAUGGCCCUGAGGAUCUAAAUAAUAAGUUGGAUUUAUCAUUAAGAUGUUAUUAUGAAAAUAUUAAGAUUAUCAAAGUAGCAGUUAUUGGGAUUUUUAAGGACUUUCAAUGAAAAGUCCAUUAUUUCUUUCAGAUGCUUCCAAAGAUGGAUCAUGUUAAAAAGGUAGUGUUAUAUAGAAGUUUAGAUUGUUAAAAAACAUUUCUCAAAUUUUUCUUAUCCUGUCCUCACCUAUGUGAAAUUCAAUAUUUAGUGAAAUAUCAUUUUCCAUCUUAAAUUGUAUAUCUCAUCUGUGCAAACAAUUUAGAUAUGAGAGCAACGUAAUCCCUGCUUAGCUAGGCAGAAUUCUCACAGGUAAUUUUCAAAUAUUUCCCUUAACUCUAUUGUUAUGUAGUAGUAUUCUUUCCUGAUGCAUCUUAUGAGUUAUAAAUCUAUACACUCCUAUAUUUUCAUCACUGUAUUGUUUCUUCCUAACCAGACUCCCCUGAACACAGUAUAUAAUUUUUUUACUAACCUAAGGUUCAAAGUUAAGUAUCUUCCACUUACCAGUGAUAGGAACUUACAUUUCUAGGGAGCAGCUUGAUUAAAUUAGCUAUCCACAUUUGGAUCUAUGAUUUGAUUUGAUAUGAUUAUUUAUAAUUUGCCUAAGUUUGUGGUGUACAGACUUGAAUGAAUCCAUAAAAUUAGUUUCAUUUUGAAUUCUCAAAGACAAAUAUUCAGUAACUCCCAUGGGAUGACUCACUAGGCAUUUUUUCCUCCUCUUUCCUUGGAACCUAUUAACUUCCUUAGAACAGUGUUGUCCUCCAACUCAUUCAGAUCAUCCAAUUGGAUUUCUUUAAUUAUGGGGGGGGGAGUAUUAACUCUUUUCCUUUCCUUACUUUCUAUUGAGUCAAACUGAAGGAGAGAGAGCUGACAAUUAGAUGGCUUCACCCUGAAUUUAGACUGCCCUGUGUCUCUCCUGGUAACUCUCUGAUAAGACAUUCCUUGGCUCUGGGGACUCAGGAAAAGUUGGGCACCUGAAUUCUGCGGUACGCAGGAGAGAUUUGUAUGUGAGAUCCUCCAGUGAGAACAGGAUCAGGUGUUGCUGACACAUUGUGAGGAUUGGAUCCUUGAAUAUACAAGGGGUGGAUCAAAAUCUAAAUCAAAAAAGAAUUGAGUGCAAGCAUCUCUAAUUGUCUGGCAUUCCAUUGCUACAAUCAUGUUAGCAUUACCACCAAAAGUCAUAAAAGAGAAUGAAUUGUAAUUUAACACGACAUUCUGCGUUUAAGUUUAAAAUGCUGUCACUCUCUGGGUUUGGUUUUCUUGCAUUGAUCCCAGAGGCUUCCAGAUUCCUUUAUGAAAGGCUAUCCUCUCCCUCCCCAAUUUCAUUUGGAACCACUCCACCUUUGGUUAUUUUACAAUUGAACUUUAAGCUUUCUAAAGACCUAUGAGCUAUACCCUAGAAAAUCAUCUCAUUUAUUUGACAUCUAAUCUGUGCUUCAACCACUGAACUAUCAUGAGCUAAGGAACAACAAAAUAAGUUCCCAUUGUGGCACAGUGGAAACGAAUCUGACUAGGAACCAUGAGGUUGCAAGUUUGACCCCUGGCCUCGCUCAGUGGGUUAAGGAUCAUCCGGUAUUACCUUGAGCUGUGGAAUAGAUCACAGAUGCAGCUCAGAUCCUGCAUUGCUGUGGCGUAGGCCAGCAGCUGCAGUUCCGAUUCAACCCCUAGCCUGGGAACCUCUGUAUGUCACGGGUUUGGCCCUAAAAAGAAAAAAAAAAAAAAAGGAACAACAAAAUCAUGAUUAGAUCUUAAUGUUAUUUGGUUCCUCACUAUUUAUUUGAAAAAACACCUCUAAACAUUUGAAAAUCACAGUUUCGUCUUAAAAAGGUUGACUAUCCCUCCUAAUUUUCCUCCUCUCCCUUUCCUCUUAAAGUUAUUUACAUUAUUAUUUUAGGCAAAAAUGUCCAAGACUGCUCUACACUUUGCGUAUGAAAACAAGUGGAUUGCAAAUAAUUGAAGAAUUAAUUUCCUUAAUGUUGUAACAACCUUUAAAAAAAAUUCUAGGGACUGGUAUAAAACAUGCCCUGAGGAGCUCCUUAUUCAUUAUACAAAUGGUAAUCAGAAACUAUAGCUUAAGAAACCACAUUCUAUCCCUUACUGAGUGUCCCUUAGUUACAUAAUGUUUGCUAAAUUAAGUCAAUGGGGCAGUGGCACUAAGUAGUGGAAAAGGAAAGUAUUUAUGUUCCAGUUCCAGUGAAGCAGAAUGAAUCAAUGGAAAAAAAACAUUGGCUUGGGCAUGAGAUCAUUUUCUGAAUUCUGUCUUAGCCACAGUUAGAUGUGUGUUUGGGGGCUUAAUUUAUUUAUCUCAUGAGCAAAGUGGGUUAAUAAUAUCUAAUUGAUAGGCUGCGAAGGUUGGAAAUCAUAUAUGUAUGCAUAUAUAUAUACACACACACACACACAUUCAAUCAUCUGGCUCAUAAGAAAUGUUCGAUAAAUGACAGAUACCACAGAUAUCUAUCAGCUGAGCAAGUAGAUCAUAAAACUGAGCUCCGAAAUGUCCCUUCUUUUUCCUUGUUGUACCCAUGCCUGUAGCAAAUAGAUAUACGACUGUGCUUUUCUAUAAGGAAUUGUGGCAAGAGAAUUUUUGCCUUCUACUAGAUGUUGCAAAUAAAAUGUAAAUUUCUUAAUUACUUCUGAUAUUUUAGUGUGCUGUUUAUGAAGGAAAAUAAAUUAACCUCUUAGAGGUUUGUAGGUCCAACCCUGAGUUUUCUUAUAUGUGCCAAACUUUUAUUCAUCUAAGAUCCUGUGUAUUAUUAUCUCCAAAAUUAAAGAACAGUUUCAUGAAAUCAUCAAAGUUCUUAUUUUUUAUGUUUUGGGUUUCCUUAACACCUAGAAUAGAAACAUCUUUUUUUAAAGUUAUCCCAUUGUUUUUUUAACUUGCCUUAGAGAAAAAAAUUGCAAAAUACGGUGGAAAAAAAAUUUCUGCAUGAAAAGGAGAGGGAAAAAAAAAAACCUUUACGAUCUCAGUCAGCAGAUUUAUUCUACUUGAGAAAAAAAGAAACAACUUCAUUAGAAGCAGAUGUGACACUGUGUCAGUUAUUGAAGAUGGAAAGCAUUCACUUGAGCCAUUGUGGUUACAAAGGGGUAUUGAUGGCUGUUAGAGUUUCUGUGAUUGAUCACCUUCACUGCAGACAGGACAGCAGAAAAGCUGAAACUGUAUGAGACCAAGCCUGCUGAUUUUAAUACACAGGACCCUAAGGACUCAGUUGUUUUUUUUUUCCUCCUUCAGGAUAAAAGACAUAUCUUUCAAAAAAUUGAAGCCUGGUUUGAGGGAGAAAUUAAAAUAGAUUCUCUGAAAACAUGACCCAAGAGCCCUUUAAAACUAGUAUUAAAGCAUUAAAAACUAUUACUGAAGUCAUUUUAGAGAAAAUAGGGUUAAAAUUUAAUUCAAUAUGUAUGUUGAAGAAGGAUAUGUAAACUACACAAAAAUGGAAGGCUCUAGAAAGUGGGGAAUGAGGGAGACCUGCAAGGGAGCCUCAAUCCCAAUGGCUCCAAAAUAUAAUUGCUAACUUGGUCAUAGAGGUUGGGCAUGGGACGAUCUUUCAGAAUUUCUCGGUAGUUUUUUUUCUUUCAGUGGUCUCUGGGAAUUCCACUCAAUACACUUUUUCCAAAGUAUAGAAAUAGUCAUCAAAUUAAAAUAUCUUAAUUUUCUUAUUUCAUUUAUUGUCUAUUGUGCUUUUUUAUGUCUAUGGAAAAUAUUUUUAGAGUUUCAAGCAAUUGAUCAAACUAGUAUUCUCUUGAAAUUGCAUAUUAAUUUGAUCCAAUAAAAUUAUCCAAAUCUCCUUUUAAAGUUUUAGGAAAUGAUAAUUAAAUAUAAUUCACCAAUUCUAUUGUGUAAAUAAAUAGUGAUACCAUCUAGAAAAUGUCAGGACAUCAUCAGUUAGCUUCCUUUUUAACAAUUCCUUUCUGGACUACUAAAUUUUGACCUAAGAAUAAUUCUUUUAGAAUACAAGAUUCUUUAGUUUUUUUGGUAUAUGCAUAAGAUGUAAACUUUUCUCACGGUGUCUCUUUAUACUAAUAGAGAUGUACAUUUUUUUUUCUAUGCUGUGGCUAGGGCAAAAAUUAAUAAUGAUUAUUUACACACCUGAUUUAAUUUCUUAGAAUAUUUGCAACCUUGGAUAUUAUAUCUGUUUUAAAAAUACUAUUCCAUGCAUUUUUCUGGGUAUAUAAUAUAGGGAAGGGUUUUCAUGUGAAUUCUUUGUAUCAUUUUAAAGUGCAUAUAUUGAAAGGGAAACAUUGAUUCAAUUUGUUUUCAUCACAUAGAACUAGAUAAGGUAAAAAGCUUUUAUAAAAAAAUACAUAGUAUGGUGAGCUUUAUAUUUGUCACUUAAGGAAACAAAACUAAUAAUGAAAUGUUAUCUUACAACUUUGAAAUAUAAAAGAAAUUACAGAUUUGUUAGUUUUGUGAGAAAUUUUAUGCUAUCUUAAUUUUAUCUGUCUGAAAAGAGAAAUUAAUUUUAGCUCUGUUGUCAUUCUUAAUUUACAAAAUAUACAUAAUUCAUAAAAACUUUGUCUUUGCAAGCUAAUUAUAAAAUCAUAUAUAUUUUUUGUUGUUUUUCGUGGAGUUGGAGGAAGAGACAUUUUCAUAUUUCUAUUCACUCUUCAAAUGCAGGCCUCAUAACUCUGUUGAUGAUAUAAGAUGAUGGAGGACUUUGUAAUAAAAACAAAUGUCAUCUUAAUUUGCUCAAUAAAUAACAAUGUGAACUUAAUGUUUA